UGAAAAUAAAUAUGAAAAAAAAUUGACCACUCCCAAGAUACAGCAAAACACAAAUCAACAUUGCAAGGCAAUCCACAGUUUAAAUAUACUUGAACUGCUAAGCCAUUCUGUGACAGUCUUAACAAACAACUCACAGGACAGUCUACACAACAUAUUAUUCUUUGCUAUAAACUACCUGCAUGACACAUGGUAGCCCAGAAGGAGAACUGGGUGGCUUCUCACCUGUGGUGCAGUUGGAGCUCUCAAUAGACAGAGCUGUAGCUCUGACCACCAAAUUCAAAAUUCCUGAUGUAAACUACCUCUGGCACUUGAUCAGACUAGCACUCCAAACCAAGAGCAAGUGCAAAAAAAAACCCCAAUUCCUUGCUGAGAGCUGAUGCUUACAAAACCAGGGAAAAUAUUAUCAAAAGCAACACAGGAGUUUAUAGGUACAGAGUUAAAAAUAAAAGGAAUGGUAUACAGUUUACAAAAGAUAUCACUACAAGCAAGUAGCAAAGACCUGUGUCUUGAGAUGAAAAAAUAUACAGAAGAAAACACCAAAUUGGUAUUACAACAGACACAAAAGAGAACAAAACUGUUACAAGGGAACAUUCCGAUAGGUGUCAUUAUUCAGAUCUCAUGCGAUCAAUAUAACGAAAGGGAAUAAAGAGCAAAGAAGAGGAAAGAGACCAAAGCAAAACAAAGACUUCUGUAAAAUCCAGAAGACAGUGAUGUUGUGUUUUCCACUGCUUUGUUGUCCCAUAAUGCUGUGAAACUCCUACCUGCAUUAUCAACAACCUCCAAGCAUUUAGUGACCAACACUGCCUAAUCAUAGUUGAGAUACAGAAAGGAGAAAUCUUUAAGUGAAUUGCCUACUGUAACCAGUAGUUGCAUCAAGAACAAAACAGUUCUUUAAGUAACUGAAUCAUUAAAGUGGAGAAGAGUGAAAGUAUCCAUUUCUUAACUUCUAUGAAGUUUAAGCAAGAGGAAUCAACCUCACAGAAACAAAAGGAUCAAGCCCAACUAUACUUUCUUAUUUAAUAAUGACAACAAUGACUAUUAGGUCUACCUUUGCUAAUGUCUUUCAUUCUAGUAUAUUUUACUUAACAUAUUACUUGAAAUAUUAAUUUUAAAAUAUUCCAGCAAACAAGAAUAUGUUACUUUUAUUAAGUAACAUUCCAUAAUGUUAUAAUCAAGAUAGGCCAUAGGUAAAAAGCAUUUAUCUCACGGAUUUUUGGCUUAUUUCUUUUUUUCCGCUAUUAUUAGCAAAUAUUUUUCUUCCUCUUUAAGGAGCAAGAAGAACAACUUUCACGCAGUAAUAAAAAAGCAAAAUUUAAUGAAACUGUUUUCUUAGUGCUGCGAUCCUUAAAGAAGCAGUAUGCAGCAUCUCCACUCAUAUUACCAAUAACGCCACUUCUUGGUAUUGUUGAGAAUACCCUGUAUGAACUCCGAAGAAUGAAGCAGCAGUCCCCAGUCAAAACAACAUUGCAUUAGAGUAUUUUGUGACACAGCUGUCUCAUCGGUAGUUCAUUUCUACUUCCCACAAGAAUAUUAAUGCAAAUCCAAAUCUUUUUAACUGCUACACAAAUGCCUGAACAGGGCCAAAGCAACCCUCUGGUAUACCAAAACCUCCAAGAGACUUGAAAACGUCUUUAAACGACAGAUCUCAUCCUGACAGUUUGGUGGAAGUGCCUGAUAUCAGUUUCUCCUUUUGCUUUGUAAUUUUUCAUUUAUUAAACCUGUUAUUGUUAAAAACUAUGAGUAUCUGUAUCAUAAAAAGAUCAGUUCUCUCCUUUUCCAUUUGCUUCCUUAUUUGCUUAAAAAUUCAAUCACACAAGUCCAGCUUGUAGCAGACGAUGAAGCGAAAACAUCGGCAAUCUAAACACUAAAUGCUGCUCAAAUUAAAAAAAAAAAAAAGGAUAGCUCUGCUCUGUGGCUAUUUUUACACGAAAAGUUAAACACUGUCCAAAAAAGCCCCUUUCUCCCCGAAAACGGGCGUUUCUGUAAAAAGCUUGUUAGUCCUUACGAAACCUUACAAACUUUGGUACGUCUAUCCCCGUAAGAUCUACGUAACGCUCCUUCAUUAAGCGAUCGAGAAGUCUGAACUACCCGAGAGGGGUUUCAAGGAGCGACUGCCGACGUGCGCCGGGAGUCUUUAGCGCCACAAGUGCCCGCGGUGCCCGGGAUGCGCGGGAGCAGCCGGCUGGGCCAACGCGGAACUGCCCGCGGCCAGACCCAAACUUUCCCGGCUGCGGCGCUGCCGCGGCGAGGACUCAGCUGCCGCGCCGCCCCCGGGCAGACGCCGAGAGACUUUUGGGAAGGAGGACGGCCCCGGGCACGCAGCCCCACAGACCCGCGCUCAAAGUUCGGCCCAGGGCAAGGGAGGCCGCCCGGCUCCCCGGCGGGCGUGAGAUGGCGUUGCCAGACUCGGUCACUACUUGCCUUUCUCAACCUGUGCAUUAUGUGAUUUGCAAACUUGGAUUUGAGAAGAAAGACACCUAUGACAUUAAUAAUGUUUUAUCUGGAAACGGGGAAGUAUGUUGGCAAGCUGUUACAGAGCAUGUAUGUUACCUUGAAUCAGAUCAAAGCGUGGAUUAUAUCAAAAGCAUACGAUUGUUAGGACCUGUCUGUGAAUCUGUUAAUUUGUACUUCAAAUCCCUGACCAAGGAGCAAUUUGUAAUUCAAUAUGCAUCAUGGUUCCAGUGGACAAACUGCACAGAGGUAUUUCUUGAAGUAUUUGAUGUUUUACAAUAUACACAAGCCACAGAAGUUGCUCUUGGCCUAAUGAAACUAACAUCAUGCUUGGAGCGAGCCUUAGGUGACGUGUAUUUACUUAAAGGUAAUGAUUGUCCUUUCCUUCUAAGAGACUUGCUUGCAUCUGAGCAACUUGCAGAUGUCUUUGGACAAGCUGUAAUGAAUGUACUGAGGGUAUUCAUUGGAUCUCCACAUGGUCUGAACCUCCGUAAUGUUUUGUGGCAUGGGUUUGCGUCACCACAAGAAAUUCCUGCCAAAUACUGUGCUAUGCUGCUUUUUUUAACUGCAGGAUUGGGUCAGUUGUUACAGACUUAUCUUCUGCAAACUGAAGGUGUUUUAGUACAUCGACCUUAUGUUAUCUUCAUUAGCUUAGAGGAACUUGAUGCAUUUCCAGAUCUUAAUGAUGAAAUACUUUCCAUAGCUGAAGAACUUGUAAAACUGUCCAGUUUUGUAUUAAAAAUUAUGUUACCAUUUUGGAUCGCUGCUUUAACAGCUUUCAGGCAAAACAGGUAUGCUGACAGUGUGAUUCUCUUACUUCCUCAGCUGGAAGUUGGACUUAGAUUGCUCUUCACUACAACUAAUAAAUGUCCAAAUCGGUUGCUAACAGCAGAGUCUUCGGCUUUCUACACCACUUUUGAUGAGAUACUAGCAAAGCAUUUGGAUAAUGAAGAAGUCAACCAGCUACCUGUAGUUCUUGAGGAUCCUGCCAUGGACUUCCUUUGGGAUUUCUUGAACCACCAGGAGGGCCCACGUAUAAGAGAUCGUUUAAGCCAUGGAGAGAUCAAUCUGGAAACUUUUCCCAGAGAAGUAGCUAAUCAGAUAAUUGGAUUUGCUAUUACUAUUCUCUGCAGAUUCUCAGACGAGGAUAUGAAGUCUUUUAAGGAACACAUGGUCCUAAAACCACUGAUGAACUGUGCAAGUUGCUACCGAUCUCGAUUUCAUCCAAUUUCCCGACUCAAGAAACAGGUGCUGGAAUGUAUGAAGAGCAUCCACUUAUGGCUUGAAUUGCCAACAGUGCCUGAGGAACAAGUAGAAAAAAAUAAAGGGUUGGAAGGAAAUGCUGAAGUUAAUACUUUCAUUUUGACGAUAUCUGAAAUUAUAUCUCAGUUGCAGCAUUAUAUGCCCCAGAAUUUCUGCAGUUCAGAUGAUCCUAUCAAUAGUGUUCUCACAGAGAGGCUGCUGGUGGAACUUUGUGAUACACGCAUUUGCACACUGUAUUCCCCACGACCUGUCCUGGAGGUAGUGGCGGUACUCCGCAAAAUAAGCGCGCAGUGCCAUCAAGUGUCCCAACAGGUUAUUGCCGGCGCUGGACUGAGAUACACGCAGUGGGUCAACAAGACUCUGCGUUCUCGCCAGAGGCACAACUAUCGGCGGAUGCUCAACAGCAUUAAAUUUUUGUCUCCAGUGUUGCGGCUCAUCUUACUGUUGAUUACUCUGGAACUAGUCAGUGUUCAUUCAGUUUGUAAGAAGAAUCCUUUUGAUUAUCAGCAGUAUCUAAAGUUUUUGAAGUCAGUCUUGCAGUAUACUGAGAACUUGGUGACAUACACAAGCCCUGAGAAAAACAAGUGGGAUGAAACCAUGGAACUUACAAAGAAGACUUUGAUAGAAAUAAAGAAAAUCAGUGACAGAAAGCUAAUGUUAAUGAAUCUAGCUAUGUGAACUAAAUGGGCUUAUGAUGGGACAUUGUUAUAUCUAAACAGUUACAGACUUCAUAUUUGAUAAAUCCAAUUCAAAGACAAACUUUAUAAAUCAUUAUCAAAUUUUGGAUGCAAAAUUUACAUACUCCUUUUAUCAGAAGGUAGCUGCUGAUACUGGAGAUGAAAGAUCAAGCUUCCAAAUAACGGGUUGUUUUCCAUAUCCAGUGAAAAAGAUUUACUGUGAACUAAAUCAGGAUGAUAAAAGUUCUACUGUAAAUAUAUCUUGUGUUGUGUACAUUGAUUUUUUAAUAUUUUUUAAAUUUCCUACUGCACUGAAAAAUACCUAAGGGAAAAAAAGUGUGAGUAAAAACUCUGGAAAUUUUUAAAUCCGAAAAGCAAUUUAUUAAUGCAUCAGCUGUUGUGUCAGAGACUGUGAUCAAGAAGUUAUGAACUUUCGGCAUAAAAUAGUGCCCAUUGGCAGCUGUGGUUGUUGUUAGUUGCAAACGGUCUGAUCUUGCUCUGAACUCUGAGGCAGAGCUGGUAACACGGAUUUUCUUUAAAUCACAGAUGAGGAUUUAAAGAAGACAGGAUAGAUACUUCUGCAGAAGGAUGUUUCAGCACAGUAUGUGUUUCUUUUGUUUAAUUUCAUCUGCUCAUUCCAAUGCAUAUUUAGUUAAAUUCAUACAGAAUGAAUAUUGACGUGCACAUACAUGUGCUCACAGGCACGUAUUCACUGUGAUUUAGAAAGUUAUUCUCUUAUUGCACACAAUAUUAAUUUGAAUAUUUUAGUUUAUUUUAUAAUACCUUUUAAUAUUUCAGUUUAGUUUUUUGAAAUAAUUUUUCCCCUUUUUCAUCAACUAAGAGUAGAGCUUCAAAGGAAUGCAUAGGUUGAAGAACAGAUUUACAGUUACCACCAGUGUCUCUGCCUUUGCUUUCUCCUAUGGGAUGUAAAACCAGAGGGUAAUGUCUGGAGAAUGUUUGGCUCUACAAAGGAUUAAAGAUUCAAGUUACAUUUUAAUAAACUUCUUUGCAACGUUUCCUGACUGGAAAUCACAGCUAGAGAAUUACUAGUUUGGUUUAUUCAGUGUGAGGGAUGGCUAUAAACUAAGAUCAUGUUGCUUGCUUUGUGCUGCUCUUGAAAUAUAUUGUGUGUGUUUUAGCUUUGUCACUUCCCAAAGAAUCUUUUGUUGUCAUGGAGCUUAAUUAUAUGAAGAAGUUUGAACUAGAUAAAAUAGAUUAAAUCUAGAAAUAGAAAAUAAUUAGUCUAAUGUAGCGUAUAAGCCACUAUCUAAAAGUUCAGCUUUUUAAAACCUGAGUCUGCAGAUCCUAAUUAUAAUUUUGGAGGCUUAUUUUACACCCAUUGACUUUGCUCAGAUAUAUUAACUUCUGCUAAGUGUGUCUUGGUAGUGGCAUUUAUGAUGAUGCUUGCUUUGAUGGUGAUAAGUAUUCUAAGACAAAAAUCAUGUAAGUUUUAGAUAUUCAUUGUAAGAAAAAGAUAAAGAAAUUACCACACAGUCAUGUUUUGAAAGUACAUAAAUGGCUGGCACACUUUCUCCUUUUGGAAGUGUGUUCAUGUACUAAAAAGCACCUUACAGAAGUGUAUUUUCAACAACAUAAGUUCUCCUUUGGUUGGUAUAUUUAAACUUUGGUAAAAUUAUCUUGCAUUCUGUUCACUUCAUUUGCUUUUACCUAAGAUGGAGCACAUUGGCAGUUUCUUCUUUCCUAAUUAGUGCCACAGAUGUGAUUUUCUGCUCUAAGUUUGCGGUAAGAAGCAUGAAGGAUUUCUGGCAAUUCUGUCAAAGAUGCUUUUUCAGUUUGUUUUCGUACCUCUGAAACUCUCUGAUGGGAACACUGCUACCAUCUAUUGUUAAACAAAUCUGGAACAGGCUGGGACAAUCCAGUUAUUUAUUCUGACUUAAUGCUGUCAUUUACAAGAAGGGCUUAUACAUGCAGGGUUUAUGGCUUAUGACAGCCUUGCAUGUCAUUUGCAUGCAGGGCUUACAGAUUUUUCCUGCUGUUAAAAGACUUGUGGAAUAGAGCUGUAGAAUAAGUGUAUAUCCUACAAUGCACAUUGAAGAACAAAAGGCAGGAGAUGUGGUAGAGGUCAUUCAAUCUGUCCUUUAUCAGUUACUUACUUUUCCACUUCAGUUACUCAUCUUUUCCAUCUCUUUAAAAUCACUUUUAAGAUAUAAGAGUCUAAAUUCUGAACAUUCAGCAUUCCUGAGAGCAAAAGAAGCUUGGAAUAACUGUGUAUCUAGAUAUAUCUGGAACUGUACCAAAAAAUGUUUUCUUCCAAGUGUGCUAUUUCACCCAAAUAUUACUUGAAUCUGAUUUAAUUGUUGGCCUUGCUCUACAGGAUCUGUGUUUUCCUUGAGGUAUUCACUCAGAAAAUCUAUAUAGACACAGAUUUGGAAGUGCAACAUCCCAUGAGGAAAAGUGUUGAAUUAUUUUAUUUACCUGGAUAAUGCUAAUGAGGGAGUGAUGAUUCUUAAGUCAGUUAGUCCAAGUUCAGUUAGAAUCACAGAAUAUGCCAAGUUGGAAGGGACCCAAGAGGAUAAUUGAGUCUGAAUCCUGGCCCUGCACAGCACCAUCCCCAAGAGUGACACCACAUGCCCGAGAGCAUUGUCCAAACACUUCUUGAACUCUGUCAGGCUGGUGCUGUGACCACUGACCUGGGGAGCCUGUUCUAGUGCCCAAAAGCCUCCUGGGUGGAGGACAUUUUUCUAUUAUCCAGCCUAAACCUCACCUGACAUAACUUCAAGCCAUUUCAACAUUUGUGAUUUUUGGUGCCUUCUAAGGAGCAUCAGGAUGAACUACAAGUUCGCUGAGGUGGGCAUUGCACAAGUACUAUGAAAUAUCUUUUAAUGGUUAGGCAUCUGUGUGUGAAAACAAAGCUUGUUCUGUAUGUUCUUUGAGUCAUUCUCCAGUUUGUGCUUUCCUCAAUGGCAAUAUGAUGGGUUAGAAACAGAGCCAUGUGUUCUUAUUCAAACGUAACACCAGCAAUUAAAAGUAAUUAAAACCUU